UUUAGCUGUUUGCCAUCUCUAGUUGACGUGUUGUUAAAUUAAAUAUCAGUUUGUAAAUAUAUGAAUUGCGCUUAAAUUAAAGUAAUUAUGUCUCAGUUCGGCGGACCCAAUGACUUUUACGGCUCCGCGCCCUCGGGCGAUGCCAGCUACAACUUCGAUAUGCCUGAAUUUGGCCAGGAACUGAAUUUCCAAACCUUCGACAACACACAGGCUUCAGUGCCGCCCAACUAUGAUGCGGCCUAUGCCCAGCCCGCAAGCCAAGGAUUGGGUGGGUUCUACGAUCCCACGGCGUACACCGACACGAGUUACGGACAGGACAAGAGUGGGAAGUCAGCUGCCCCCGGAGGAGCCGGCAACGAGUUCGACGACGAGCCUCCACUUCUGGAAGAGCUGGGCAUCAAUCCGAAUCACAUCUUCCAAAAGACGCUCGCCGUGCUGAAUCCGCUGCGCAGCACCGACCAGCAAAUCCUCCAGGACACGGACAUGGCGGGUCCACUGGUGUUUUGCCUCACACUUGGCGGCUUCCUGCUGCUGAGCGGUAAGGUGACGUUCUCGUACAUCUACGGCAUCGGAGUGAUGGGCUGCAUCUUCUUCUACUGCCUGCUGUCCCUGAUGGUCAGCCGGUCGCAGGUUACCUUCGGAGCAGUGGCCUCCGUGCUGGGCUAUUGUCUGCUGCCCAUGGUGGUGCUGUCGGGCAUCAACAUUUUAAUCACCAUUCAAGGCACACUCGGCCUAAUUGUGAGCGGCAUCUCCAUAUUCUGGUGCGCCAUAUCGGCCUCGAAACUGUUCGCCACCGCCUACUCCAUGGACCAUCAACAGCUGCUGAUUGCCUAUCCGUGUGCGGUGCUCUAUGGAGGAUUUGCGUUGAUUACCAUUUACUAGGUCUACGAGAUCCCUGCUGCUAUUCCACAACCAGCACCACCACCACGCCCUCUGUUGUUGUGUUUGCCUGGUUUUAAUUGUCCUGCAAACACACACUCUUGCAGCACAAUAAAUACACACACAUACACACACACACACACACAGAGGCAGAUGUCAGGAGGAGAAGCAACAAGAGAAGCCAACCCACACCACAUACGGAUAUGUAUAUUUAUAAGGAAAUAAGCGCCGAUUGCGAAUUUGUUUUCCAUAUUCUUCUUUUUCGCUGGCCAAGCUCCACGUUUACUCAAUACUUUUGUUGUCAGCCGAUGUAAUAAAUUUGAUUGCGAAUAAAAAAAUGGUUAACAAAUUGAAA